AUGUUUGGAAAGGGCUUGUUGCUUUGUCAACUUGGAGAGGAACCCAUCGACCGACGGCUUUCCAAGGAUCUGAUAAAGGCAAGCAAACAAGAAGCAGUCAGCAGCAGCAACAACAAUAACAAAAACGAUCCAAUCACUGUAACGCAAACAGGCUGUCUCUUUGAGCCAUUUAGACAAUUACAGGACAGUUUAGUAGUAAUCUUUGCUUUUUACAUUUUGGAAAAGAUGGCUGCUUUCUGGAUUUAUACUUCUAUAUUUGGAUUGAAAAGCCAAUCUACUUGGGAUAAUUUGGCUCGUAUGCUGGAGAAGACCACUAUUGUCUAG